UUAAGGCGGUUCCCCUUCUUUAAUUUGGUUCCUCAACAAAUGUGUAUCGAAUUUCAAAACCUACUUUCCAUAGUGACUUUUGGUGAAGCUUCUUCUCUUCUCUUUUCUUUCUUUCAUUCAUCUCCUUUUCUUCAGCCGUGGUGCUUGCUGGUUCAUGGAUAUUGAACCCUUGUGGGCUCUUGGGGGGUGGUUGUUUCUUUUUCUUGAUUGUAUGGCAGCGCCUAAAACACUCUCAGAGACCUAUGCAAAGCCCCAAUCUCUCCUUCUCUUCCUCACACUUUUCUUCAUUUUCCUUCUACUCAUUCAUUCUACAAACCCCCUAAACUCAUCCAAUGUCUCCUCCUCCUCCUCCUCCAUCCCUUUCAGAAGGCGUCUCUUAGCCACUUCCUCAAAAUCCACCUCUUAUUCCACGAACCAGUUCCGCCCCAAGCAAACUUCUCCUUCUUCCUCAUCAUCAGCAUCGUCCAAACCUUCACGGAGAGAGUUUGGAGCCGAAGCUCACGAAGUUCCUAGCGGCCCAAACCCUAUUUCCAACAGGUGAGUUUGAUUUGGGGAGACAUGAUUUGCACCACCAUGAACGGGUUGAAGAUGAUAGAGUCGUGACGGCAAACGUAUUGUUAAUUGUUUGUCGUCUUUAUGAGUACGGUUUAGUCCCACCAUUAAUACUGCUUGUCCUCUGUGAGGAGUUUGUUACCUUUGUUGUCAUCGUCAUCAUCACUGGCAUUAAUUACUUCUUUUUUUUAUUUUUUUUUCCUUUUUUGAACUAGAAAUGUAUAGGAAGAGAGAUACUCUAUAUUUUUCUGCAUGUAUGUAUGCUACUUGUUUCAUAUAUAGAUGAUGAUGGUAUGGUUUAUAUGUUUACUUCGA